AUGCCAUUGGACUACUCAAUAGAAAAAGUUACUUCUAUAAAGUCAGAAAGUAUACUACCAUUUAUUAAAAAUAAAACCAAUAAAAUUAUAAACAAAUUAACCAACCAUACAAACUCUACAAAUAAUAAUAAUAAUUAUAAAUCAUCAAUAUUUCAAAUAGGUGAUAUUUUAUCCUGUUCUCAAUUAUUAAAUGAAGAUUAUAAUGAUAAUAACGAAAGUUCAUCAUCGUCAUCAUCAUCAUCAUCAUCAAACCCUCAAAACAAAAAAAAUUCAAAUAAUCAUAACACUUUAAUUUGUGAUUCGAAACAGACUCCAAAUAAUCAAUUUUCAAACGAAAGUAAUAAAACCAAUACCCAACCAAUUCAUAGUAAUAAUAAUAACAAUAAUAAUGAUAAUAACUCCAAUUCUAUCAUUUUAAAUAAUAAUUCAAACAAUAAUGAAAAAAAAUUAAAAUCAUAUGAAAAAUAUAAAAACGACUUAAAAUACUAUGGUAAUAAUUUAAAUAAUAUUACACCAAAUAAUAUUAAUAUAUUAUAUAAUGACCUUUUAAAAACACAAAACAAUUCUCCAAAUAUUAAAGCUAAGUAUCCAUAUAAAGAAAAUGAAAAAAAGAGAAAACCACAAUCAAGAUCAAAUAGUCAAAAUAGUUUAAAAAAUUUAUAUAAUAGGAAUAAUAAUAAUAAUAAUAAUAACAAUUAUAAUAAUAAUAAUAUUAUUAAUAAUAGUAAUAAUAAUAAUAAUGGGUGUAAUAAUAAUAAUAGCUCCAAUAAUAAUAAUAAUAAUAAUAAUAAUAAUAAUAAUUAUAAUAAUAAUAAUAAUAAUUUAAAUAAUUGUAAUAAUAUAAUUAGAUCAUAUGCAAUUUGUUGUAAUAUUUGGGCAUAUAGUUUAUCAAUGGCAUCAAUAUUAUAUGGUUGUACAUUAGCAUAUAGAGUUACAAAUUAUAUUGAUGUUUUUAAUUUUUGUUUAAUUCUUUCAUUCUCGAUAAAUAUUCAAGGAAUUCAAUCAUUAUUGGCAAUCGAUAGGGAUAUUAAAAAUAGAGGUGAAAUUGUAUUAACCUCAAGAAAUCUAACGAAAUCGAUAGUUAAGAAAUUUUUAAUAGGUCAUUGUAUAUUCACAGUAUUUUGUAUUGGUACUAUUUUAUUUAGAGUUGGUUUUGAAAGAUUUAUUGUUAUGGGCCCCUUAAUGGCAAUAACUUUUCUAUUAUGUCUUUUUAUAAUCGGGUAUCCUUUAGAGGUUAGAAUUUAUGGUACAACUGAAUUGGCAGUUCCAAUUUUCUUUGUGGUCUUAGUAAAACUUUCAUAUUUAAUGCAAACUUUUGAAUAUAACGAUUUGUUUUUUCUUUACGUUUUACCCAUAGCAUUGGUAAUUGAAGGUUCUCAUCAUUCGUUUAAUAUGAAAAAUAUAAAAUAUAAUUUAACUGAAAAAUAUAAAUCCUUGGCUGGGGUUAUGGAUAGAAAUCAUUCAGAAGUUAAUGAUAUCAUUACCAAUAUUAAUUUUACCAAAGCUUAA